AAACAUGGUUUUUACAACAGCAAGAAACAAUUUUGGCAACUUUCAAAGUCGGCAAGAAAUGAAAAAAGACAAAAAAUCAAGAAACUGGCAAUUCAAUCAGUACUUGCUCUGGAUGAGUUCAAGCCAGUGGAGGUAAGCUGAUGUCCUUUUCUUCUGUUCAGAUAUAAUAAGUUAAAGAUAUAUUUUUGCAUUAAGAACGGAGGAAGAAUUCCACAAACUUGUUCUUUCAUAACCUCAGGUACACAUAUCAAAAUGUGCCUUUGAAAUUAAAUCUUGGUUAAAAAGUACCCUCUACCAAAAGAUCCUGCAAGACAAGUAGCACUGGUGUAAAAACGGUUUGCUUUGUUUCAGAUUAAAUUUGACGUUCAGGGUCAAGAGGUAAUCAUUCCUCUGUCAGAAGAAGACAGCAGUGAAGAGCUGGAGCCCACAUCAUCUGAAACUACCAAGAGAGUGCUGGUAGCGAAAGACAUUGGUCUGAUAUCAGAUGAGGCGUAUCAUGAGUUAAGAAUGUCCUUGCCAGAAGACCAGCGUUUUGCCUUACCACCGUUCAGUGCUGUAAAACAAGAAAGAAACAAGCAGAAUGAAAUUGUUAAUAUAAAAUCAAUACCUGAAGUAUAUUAUAAUUAUCUUCUUUAAAUACAAGUGCUAGGAUCUUUCUGUGGUCUUUAUGUAAUACAGGGUUUAAAAAACCAUAAAUUGGGGUUUCAGUACACAAGAUUAAUGUAGAAACAGAAAAAUAAUGAUCAUUUUUUAAACAAACAAAAAACAUGUAUUUUCAUGGUUUAUUUCUAACUAGCAUGAAAAAAAAUUUAAAACACCGUUCUCAUUUCCAGGCUAAAAAUGGAGAUGGAGCAAGGCGCAGCAUUAAAGAGGUUUUGGAACAGCUCCUGACCAUUUUAAGAGUCAAAAAAGCAGUCCAGUCAAAUGGUAAAAUGAUCAGCCUCCGUUUUGCAGCUGAUGGAAGAAGAACAAGCAACAAAAUUGGUACGGUGAAGGCUGAAUUCAGCCUAAUUGAGGAAAAGGAAAAUGAUUGUGACCACCAGUACUGUGUUGUUUUGUGUAAUAGUAAGUUGUACCUCAGUUUUGUGGACUGUAAGGGGGCUGGUGUUACAUGCAUCACUGAUGCAUAUUUGUAUAUUAAGCAAACUGCAAAAAUGACAUGAUCGGACACUGACAGUUUAAAAUAUUGCUAUUUACACACUAUUAGCCCCGAAAGCAGGGGUGUGCUCUGAGGAAAAUUGAAGGGUGUCUACAUGAGGCAUGAAAAGUGAACAAAAUCAAUUUUCUCCUGACAUUACCAGUACAUAAUGAAGUGAAAAGGUUAUGAGACCUAACAAAAUGAUCACCAAAAAAAGUGCUUUGAUCUUUUAUAAUUAACUCUCUUAUCAGCUACUUCUUUAAGGACAUGUCUGAAAAUCAUUCUAAAGAACUUGUAUUUGUGUUCCUACAGGAAACGAAGACUACAAGGAAGCAAAGGCAUGUCUGGGACCAAUUUUAGAUCAAAUUGACAAUCUCCACGUCAACGGCGCUGAAGUUGACGGUGUUCACUAUUCAGUGAUUUGUUAAGUACAAUACAGGUACAAUGAAGCAGCCACUCUUUAUUUCCACAUUGGCUACAGUCAACUCCCGAUAACUCAAACAUUCUAGGUAAAUUGUCUUUUAGUGUUAAGCGUCAGGUUUAAGUUAUCGAGGGCUUGAGUUACCGAGGGUAAAAUUACAGUUCAUGUAUAAAGGAAAUCCAGGGGAAAUUGACUUUGGUUAGAGUUAGCGUGAGGUUUGACUUAGUGAGGGUUUGAGUUAUUGGGAGCCAACUGUACUGUUAAUGUAAUAUGACCAUUAAAAAUAAAACAAAUUUAAGUAAAUCAUAUCACCAGCCUUUUAGGAAAACUGCUUAACCAAGUAAGCACAUCAUACAGUGCUUGUAUUAUGUUGAUAUUAUCUGUUGACCAGAAAUUAAUUUAUGUUUCAUUUUUUGUCUUGUCUGGUAGGUACUGCUGCUCAGAUUGGAAGUUUUUGGCAAUGGUGUAUGGGUAGAAUUCUACCACUGCAAAAUUCUUCUGCAUAUGGUGCUAUUGUACCAAGGCAAAAAUUGCCGACUUCACUGGUAAGUUGAAAGAAAUAUACAUACACUGCUAUUACCAUCAGAAAUAGUGUAUUCUUUUUAAAGAUAACCAUGUAUAUCAUUUUCUGAACAAAAAACAAAUAACUUACCAAUAUUUGAAAAAGUGCUAAUAUAGCGAUAGUGACCAUGUAUAUUAUAUUUUGUUGUCGUAAUUACUUUUAGUACAAGACUGGCCAAUUGAGAGAACCAUAGACGCCUGCAGAAGGCAGCAUAUUGGAAAACGUUUAGACCAGCGAAGAGGUUCAGUGCAUGAACCCCUGCAGCCAAUUCAAUUUGAACGAGUCAUCAUUGAAACUCUACACCUGUUCCUUCGAAUAAUGGGACUUCUCUUUCACCAGGUGAUCAUAUUUCUAUGUUUAAAACCUUGACCACUUAAAUAACCCUUAUAAAAUGGUAUGACAGGCUUAUGACUAUUUACUGUUUGCUUAGAAAAAAAAUCUAAUUUAAAAAUUCAAUACUUAACCAAGAUUACAUUCUUCAACAAUUUUUCAAGGUGGUUGAGCUUGUUAUCAACAAGAAAAGAAAAUAAGUUCUGGAAAAGCAGCUGGAAGACAUUGGUGUACCCUUCAAAUUCUUUGAAGUGCAACAAGAAGAUGGGCCUUCCCAAACACAAUGGAUAAGACUUGAUGCUAAUAAUCUAAGACCCUUUAUUUAUUAAGGGCUUCUGAUUUCAUGCAAUGAUGCAAUUUCACAUAAUUGGCCUAAAAUCACGUCCAAUCACACAAUUUGAGGAAUAAUCACAUAACUGGUAAAAAAUUGUUCAAUUCAUGAUAAGUAAAGAAUGAUUUAUUCAAGUUUCAAUAAACAUUUUUUUUCAAAGAAAAUGAUAUUACAAAGAAAAUACAACGUCAAGGACAAAAAAUGAAAAAUAAUUGGCUAGUUCUACAGUAAAUACAUUGUAGUUAGUAUGAAAUUGUGCAUUUUGACAUUAAGAUUAUUUCAAAUAAAAAAAGACUGCUGUAUUACUAUUAAUAAACUCAACAACUCACAUUUUAGGUAAAGACCUCCGUAACAUUCUUUACAACUUGGAUCUGAAGCCAGUCUUUGAGGGAAUAGUGAAAGAGCGCACGCUUACCUACAAAAAAUGUGAAAAAGUUAUGGAAGGUAAUGAAAAAUUCAUGCUACUUGAGCCCACAAUUUUAAAUGACAUAAUUAUUUUGUCAGUGAUAAACAUAUCUAAAUUCACUUUUCCUUCGCACUUACAAGUAUUUUGCAUUUAGGGAUUUGAUGAGCUCGUUACAGCACUUGAGGCGGAGCCAGGCCAAGAAUGCUACAAACCACCUGACCUGUUCAGGGAGCAAGCACGAAAAUGGGCCAUGUUCUUCCGAGUUGUCCAUUUUGAUGAGGUACAACAUUAUUUAUUAUUCUGGAAGCCCCUAAAUUUUAACAUGGUUCACUUGUCCCAACACUACGAAAAUUAAUGUUCACUAUCUUGUCGUCUCAACAUAAUCUUGUCUCAUAAUUCAAUAUUUUAUUAUUGAGAACAAUGUAUUGAUACAGUGUGUAUAAUAAUUUUAUUUUUACUGUUUUUCCACUACAGGAUAUAACACCUUAUAUACAUGGUAAGCUAAACACUUCUGGACUUAUUGACUUAAUUGAAAUCAACGGGUGCCGAUAGCUAACUCAAGGAUUAAGUAUUUUAGAGAUUAAAGCUGAUAGUGAACUUGCAAUUACUUUUACAAGUCUACUGGUAUUACUUUAGUCUGUCAAAACAUGGGUCACACCAUGCAAGAUGUCUCUCACAAGGCAACGGCUUUUUUGCUGAUUUUAGUUGGACCCAAUGAGAUAUUACUAUAAAAACAUAUGCGAUAGGGCUGAAAGGUGAUCGAAAUUUUGCAUGUCCCAGCGCCCAAAAUUACUAUUCUUGUUCCUAUGCUUUGUAUGCUAUGUCAUCACAGAUAAUACUUACUUUAACUCCUGUCACCUAAAAGAUGUACUUGACUUUCAAACAUAUGCUUGCUUGUUAUUUUCUGCAGCACUGGCGUACCAUGUUCCACAGUUUCUGGAAGGAUGUGGCUCCAUUUCUAUUUUCAAUUGUCAGCCAGUUGAAAAGAAGAACCACGAGCAAUCGCGAAUGUUCCACCGAGCAACACAAAAAGGAGGGAGAAACUCGCACUACACAAGGCAAGUUAUGGAAAAGGAGAACAGGAAAAUUUUUGCAAGGGUAAACGAUUUGUAUCGAACCAAGCGUAUGUAUCAGAAGAAAGAUAACGAUGAAGGCAGGGAUGAAAGUGCAGGCAGCAUAAGAAUGUAUGAUAUUAAUGAUAUUGAAGAAGGUUGA